AAGAAAAGUGGAUUUCAUUAGUGUUUAUCAGUUGAAGCUCUGUCAAUGGCUGAUCCUAUACAAUCUAGCGUAGUUGCCCUAUCGAACGACCAAGAAUCUCGGCAGUCAGUUCAAGAGGCGGCUUCCAUGAGUCGGAAGGAGAGGAGGAAGAUGAAUAAGAAGGAAAAGAGGAAGCAGAUGAGGAAGGAGUUGGCUGAGAAGGAAAGGGAGGAAGAAGAGGCGCAGACGAAUGAUCCUAAUGAGCAGCGAAGGAUUCAGUUGGAAGAGGAGAGUGAAAAGGAGAGAAUGGAGAGGGAUAGAAAGGAGUUCGAAGAGGCGGAGCGGAUCUUUUUGGAAGCUUUGGAGGCAAAAAAGAAGGCCGAGGAGGAAGAGUUAAAGGAAGCUAUUCACAGCCAGGUCCAAAAUGAGGAUGAUAAUGAAGAUGAUGACUGGGAGUUUGUAGAAGAUGGGCCUCCUGAGAUUAUUUGGCAAGGUAAUGAGAUCAUUGUCAAGAAGAAAAAGGUUAAAGUGAGAAGAAAGGAUAUCAAUCAACCUGUUGAGAUAAAGGACGAUGAAAGACCCACAUCUAAUCCUCUUCCUCCUCAAUCUGAAGCAUUUGCUGAGUACAAAGAUGCACCUUUGCCAUCUGCAGAACAGUUGUUGGAGGAUGCUGCUCAACAAAUACCGAAUUUUGGGACAGAACAGGAUAAAGCUCAUUGUCCGUUCCAUCUCAAAACUGGGGCUUGUCGAUUUGGUAUCCGUUGUAGCAGAGUCCAUUUUUAUCCUGAUAAAUCGUGCACAUUGCUUAUUAAGAACAUGUACAAUGGACCUGGCCUUGCCUGGGAGCAAGAUGAAGGGCUUGAGUGCACAGAUGAAGAGAUUGAACAUUCUUAUGAAGAGUUCUAUGAGGAUGUCCAUACAGAAUUCUUGAAGUGUGGGGAAAUAAUUAACUUUAAGGCCUGCAGGAACGGUUCAUCUCACUUAAAGGGGAAUGUGUAUGUGCAUUACAAAUCACAGGAUUCUGCUCUACUUGCAUUUCAGUCACUAAAUGGACGUUAUUUUGCUGGGAAACAGGUAAAAUGUGAAUUUGUUGCUGUGAGCAAAUGGAAAGUUGCUAUAUGUGGAGAGUAUAUGAAAUCACGUCUUAGAUCAUGUUCUCAUGGGUCAGCUUGCAAUUUCAUCCAUUGUUUCCGGAACCCUGGUGGAGAUUAUGAAUGGGCUGAUUGGGACAGACCGCCACCAAGAUACUGGGUGAAGAAGAUGGCUGCUUUAUUUGGUGAAUCUGCAUAUGAGCAAGAUUUUAGUAACACUCACAAUGAGACUAAAGCCAAUGCAGAAAGGUAUCGUUUUCAUCAAUCUUGGGAUAGAGGUCACUUGGGUGGCAAUUCUAGCCAAAGACAAUACUUAGAACAUGAGGGUAGCUGUAGUAGUAGAAGACAAUACUUUGAACAUGAAGAUAUCCGUAGUAGUAGUAGUAGUAGCAGAAGACACCGAGAAACCAUAAAAAGUAGUAGUCAAAAUAAGAAAGGAUGGGACAAUGAGGAUGACCUUGGUGAAAGUGAAGGAAACAGAUAUUCAAGGAAGAGGAGAAGAAUGUUGGAUACGACCCCCGAAAGUGAUUCUGAUGGUGAUAGGUCAGAUGGAGGCACUACAGGAGUUGUAGGUGAUUGCAGCCGAAGGAGGAGGAGGAGAAGCUCAAGCCGGGAGGAGGAUGAAGAUACACCACCUGAAAGAAGGCGGCAUGUCAGUAAACAGUCGAGACAUUCAUCAUCUGAAAAUGUUAUUGAGUUGAAGGGGGUAAAUAAACAACACCGAUCCAGCAAAGGGGAUUUAGCUGUUAUCGAUGAACGAGAAGGCAGCAAGAAAUCUGAGAGGUAUUAUAAGAAAAGCACUUCCAGCAGACGUGAAAAGGUAACCAAAGACAAGAUAUCAAGACAAGGGCAUCAUAAUAGUUUUGAGAUCAUCAAUGGUCAUGGCGGGAAAGAUGAUGGUAGAAAUAAGUGGCAUGAUGAUGAUGAUAUCCAUAAGCGUGGUCGGUGGGAUCCUUAAAAGAGUUUUCGACAAGAACAAGACUGGAGGUAACCAACCAUUUUGAUGAACAUACUCUGAAUUUUAUGAUUAUGGCAAUUUGGAGUAUAUGAAGGAGGAGGAGACUCACCCUGUUGAAAGUUUUGGCCUUUACAUCUCAGCAGGAAGCUGGAUGUUGUUUCCAUGUAAGCUCUUCCAAUUUUGUUUUCUUUUAGUUUUCAUGUGUAAGGAUUACUAUUGGUAUGUUGGCAUAUCAUAAAUUAUUAAAGAAGACAAAUGAAUAUGCUAAGACUGAUUAGCAGUAUAAAAAGCCUCUUGUUUUGUUUGAAUAUAUUGUGUAUAUUUAGUUUUGAUACUCAUUUAUAUUUUGGAAGGUUACACUUGUGUUAGGUUAA